CUUCUUGACUCCAGUCAUACAGAAUGUCGCUCCCCAAGACUAUGCGCGCGGUCGUCUUCCAAGGCCCCUAUGAGGUGGCGGUUGAAGACCGACCGACUCCCAAGUUGCAGACUCCCAAGGAUGUGAUCCUGAAAGUCUCCGCCUCGGCGUUAUGUGGCUCGGACUUACAUUUCUACCGCGGCCAUCUGAAAUGUCCGACCAACUUCAUUUGCGGCCACGAAUUCGUGGGGAAGAUCGCGGAGAAAGGCGUGGAGGUGACGGGCUUCGAGGUCGGGGAUGAGGUGGUGGUGCCCUUUUAUGCGACGUGUCAGGAAUGCUAUUACUGUGUGCGUGGCCAAGCCAGUCGCUGCAGUCAGGGCUUUCUAUUUGGAAACUCCGUGCCGGCCAACACCAUCGAUGGGGGACAGGCCGAGUAUGUGCGAGUGCCGUUGGCCGCGACCACGCUGGUGCGCAAACCCCGCGGAGUGCCCGACCAUAUGCUGGUCUUGAUGGCCGAUAUCUUCCCCACCGGUUAUUUCGCUGCCUCGCGCUUUCUGAACAAUCUCGCUCCUCGCGACCGCAGCGAAUACACCGUGGCCAUCGUCGGGUGCGGCCCGGUCGGGCUCUGCACCAUCGUCAGCGCUCUCACCAUGGUCUCCACCGUCUACGCCGUUGACUCCGUGCCCGAGCGUCUCGCCGAGGCCGAGCGCUUGGGUGCCAUUCCCAUCCCUUUAUCGUCCGAUCCAGUCAGUAGAAUCAAGGAGGUGACCGAUGGACGGGGAGCCGACGUAGUCAUCGAGGUGGUGGGCCAUGCUGACGCCUUCAUGAUGUGUUUUGACAUGGUGCGACCGUGGGGGACAAUUCAUUCCAUCGGGGUGCACAGCGAGAUGCUGCCCUUGAACGGCCAGCUGUGCUACGGCAAGAAUGUUACCAUGGCCUUUGGACGCUGUCCCGUUCGGAGUAUUUUCGACGAGGCAUUGGCUGUCUUUGAACGAAUUCACCCCAAAUUGGAGUUCUUGUGUAGCCAUGUGGUUGACUUGGAGGAAGCUCCCCAGGCCUAUCGCGACUUUGAGGCCCGGAAGGCGCAUAAAAUUGUGUUCCGGCAUGAGAAGUAACCAAAACGGGAUCGUGUGCCUUUAGUAUGAAU